AUGUUGUCCAAGUUGUCCAACACUGGGCUGCAAAUGAGCCAUAGGUCGAUCGUGACUUUGGCCAAUGUCGCAUCGGCUAGUGCAAGGUGCCCUACUCCACCCCCUGGAACGAGGCGAAUACUGAGGCCUUGGGUUUCCGGAACCCCGACGAGUGCCUUCAUGGCCGCAUUCAGCAGCGCUGCGGGCAACGAUCAAUCUGUUGCCACUCAUGAAUUCAAAACGGAGACGCGCAAGUUGUUGGACAUUGUUGCCAAGUCUUUAUACACUGAUAAGGAGGUCUUCAUCCGCGAGCUGGUCUCUAAUGCCUCCGAUGCAUGCGAGAAGUUGCGGUUCCUCGAGACCGCUGGUAAGGUGAAUUCUCUGGCGGAUCCUGACACUCCCAUAGAAAUCAGCAUCACCAUUGAUCCGAAGCAUAGGCUUUUCAUCAUACAGGAUUCUGGUAUCGGUAUGACCAAGAACGAGCUCAUUGAGAAUCUUGGCACGAUCGCCAGGUCUGGUUCCAAAGAAUUUAUAACGUCAGAUAAGUCAAUGCCUCGGUUUGGUGUUGGUUUCUACUCUAGUUUUGUGGUCGCUGAUAAGGUGGAGGUAUUCUCUCGGUCAGCCGAUGCUGCUGAGGACGGCGAAGGCCACGUAUGGGAGUCCGAUGGUCAGGGCAGUUUCACCAUUAAGCCGGUCAAAGGCCUACCGCGCGGUACUAAGAUUGUGCUUCACUUGAAAGAGGACGCUGCUGACUUUUGCAAGCCGGAGACUGUCAAGAAGGCUGCCUCCAAGUUUUCCAACUUCGUGGACUUUCCCAUCAGAAUGGCUGAGGGAGAGAAGGGCGAUAAGGUUAAGAUCAACAAGAAUGAUGCCCUCUGGAUGAGGACUAGCGCCAGUGAGGAGGAGCAUACCGAGUUCUAUCGCUUUCUCUCUGGAUCUUCGUACGGGGAGCCCAUGUACUCGCUGAUGUACCACACUGACGCGCCUCUCGCUAUCAAGUCGGUCUUCUACAUCCCGGAAGAUGCUCCCAACCGUUGGUUGCAACAGGAUGCUGAUGUGCAGGUGUCCCUGUAUUGCCGCCGAGUAUUGAUCAAGAAGCAUGCCAAUGAGAUCAUCCCUGCCUGGCUCCAUUGGGUUAGGGGAGUAGUCGACUGUGAGGACAUGCCCUUGAACAUCUCUAGAGAGAACAUGCAGGAUACAGCUUUGAUGAGGAAGCUCAGCACUGCUGUCGUGAGGAGGAUUUUGAGGUUCCUCGCUGACCAAGCGCGUCGUGAUGCCGAUAAGUACAAUGCUUUCUGGAGGAAGUAUGGCUUCUACUUCAAGGCGGGUCUCCUUGAGGACCAACAGAACAACAACGGCAACCAUAAGGACCUUAUCCUCAAGUUGCUGAGGUUCGAGUCGAGCAACGGCAGCCCGGGUGCGUUCAUGAGCCUCCAGGAAUAUGUCGAUUCUAUGACUGAUGAACAGAACAACAUCUACUACCUCCAGUCCAAGGAUAGGAAGACAGCUCUCGCAUCGCCUUACAUGGAGGCCUUCGAGAACAAGGGCGUCAACGUGCUGCUACUCACUGAGGAUAUUGAUGCCUUUGUCGUGAGUUACAUCGAGAAUUUCAAGGGCAAGCGUCUAGUAUCUGUGGACAGUGAGGAAGAGAUUGAAAAAGAUAUUUUCAAGAGCGAUGACGAUGAGGCUGAGAAGAAAGAGAUGCCUGAGGCUAGUCGCGAGGAGCUCGAGUCAUUCGUGAAGGAGGUCCUCGGUGAGCGUGUGAAUGGAGUGAAGUUCAGCGAUCGUCUAGUGAACUCACCUGCUGUGGUCACUUCUGCGAUUUCCCCACAAAUGAGGAGAAUGAUGAAGCAAAUGAUGGCCCAAUCCGGCCAGGGUGAUCAGAACGAUGCCCUACAGGCCAUCCCUAUGACCCUCGAGCUGAACCCAGACCAUCCCACCGUGCGCAAGUUGGGCGAUCUGGCUGCAUCAAAGGCAGCUCGGUCGGAGGACAUCGCCAAGGUUGCCGUCACUCAGCUUUUCGAUAACGCUUGUAUCGCUGCUGGUAUGGUUGAGGACCCUCGUACUAUCCUGGAUCGCCUCCAGAAGAUGCUGGACGUUUGUGUGGAGCAAGCUGUGUCUGCCGCGGAUCUCACCAGUGCUGGUGGUGACAAGGCAACUCCUGUUGCAGAGCCGGCGAAGGAAGAUGAGCCCAUUGAGCUGAAGAAGAUGGAGUGA